UCGAUCAGUGCGGUGCGUCACUGCAGCUGCAGGCAUGGCCGGCGCCGAGGAGGAGCAGGCCGAGAUGAGGCCGGCCGCCGAUGUCGCCGCCGCUGCGAAGAAUCCUUCAGAUGGAGGCGCCGCGGGACGGCGGGGAGACCUGGUGGACAGGCUCAUCGCCGGGCACGUCCUCGGCGAAAACCUCCAGCUGCUGCAGAGGAUCAGAGACAGGAUGGACAGGGUGGAUGUGCAGGAGCCGACGAUAGAGGUGCGGUUCAGAGACCUGAGCGUGGAGGCGGAGUGCCGCGUGGUCCAGGGGAAGCCGCUCCCGACGCUGUGGAACUCCGCUCUCGCCGCUGCCUCCGUGAGCCGACGAAAGGCCAAAAUCCAGCUGAUCAAAGGUGUCCAUGGGGUCGUCAAGCCAGGGAGGAUGACACUGCUGCUGGGGCCCCCAGGCUGUGGCAAGACCACACUCCUGCGCGCGCUUGCGGGAAGGAUCGAUAAAAACCUCAAGGUGACAGGAGACAUCGAGUACAAUGGCGUGAACCUGAAUGAGUUUGCGCAGGCCAAGACAUCAGCCUAUGUAAGCCAGCGUGACCUCCACACGCCUGAGAUGACUGUUAGGGAGACGCUCGACUUCUCUGCAAGAUUCCAGGGUGUUGGUUGGAGAGCAGAAAUUCUGGAAGAGGUUAUCAGAAAGGAGGAGGUGGCUGGGAUUAUUCCUGAUCCUGACAUUGAUAUGUUUAUGAAGGCGGUAUACAUGGAAAACUUAGACAGGAGCAUCCACAUAGAGUACAUCAUGAAGAUCUUGGGGCUAGACAAAUGUGCAGACACAAUGGUAGGAGAUGCCAUGAGAAGAGGUAUUUCAGGUGGUGAGAAGAAGAGAUUAACCACAGGUGAGAUGAUGAUAGGACCAUCAAAGGCACUCUUCAUGGACGAGAUAUCCACUGGGUUGGACAGUUCUACUACCUUCCAGGUUCUUUCCUGUCUCCAGCAACUGGCUCAAGUCUCACAAUACACUGUAUUGGUUUCACUACUUCAACCAGCACGAGAGACAUAUCAACUUUUUGAUGAUAUUGUACUAAUGGCUGAAGGAAAAAUUGUAUACCAUGGUCCUAGAAGCUGUAUUCUUAAUUUUUUUGAACUAUGUGGAUUCAAGUGUCCAAGGAGAAAAGGAGCAGCAGACUUCCUCCAAGAGGUCUUGUCCAAAAAGGACCAGGAACAAUUUUGGGGCCUUGGAGAUGAAACAUACAACUUUGUUACUGUGGACCAAUUUUGUGAGAGGUUCAAAACAUGUUACGUUGGUCAGAAUCUUGCCAUGGAGCUUUUGGAGCCAAAAGCAAAAGAACACAGCAGUGCCCUAUCUUUCAGCAUCUAUUCAUUAUCCAAGUGGAAGCUUCUCAAGGUUUGUUUUGCACGAGAGCUUCUUCUCAUGAAGAGAAAUGCAUUCAUCUACAAAUCAAAAUCUCUUCAGGUUGGUCUUGUUGCUUUACUUACUGGGACAGUAUUUCUACGGACGCACUUGUCUAAAGAUACAACUCAUGCUAAUAGUUACAUGAGCUCAUUGUUUUUCGCACUUAUUUUUCUAAUUGUCAAUGGAUUACCUGAAAUGGCUAUGACAAUUAAUAGGCUUCCAGUCUUUUAUAAACAAAGAGACUGCUGCUUCUAUCCUGCUUGGGCUUAUGCGAUACCAGCGUUUUUCACAAAGAUACCAGUCUCAUUAGUUGAAUCCGUAACUUGGACAUGCAUAACUUACUACCUCAUUGGUUACACACCUCAAGCAUCCAGAUUCUUCCGCCACCUACUUGUGCUGUUCCUCAUGCAUUCGACAUCACUGUCAUUGUUUCGAUGUGUAGUCUCGUAUUGCCAAACAGCACCAGUUUCUUCUGUUGGUAGUACAUUGUCAUUCAUAUUCUUUCUUCUGUGUGGAGGUUUCGUCAUUCCUCCAACAUCAAUACCGAAUUGGCUAAAAUGGGUCUUCUGGAUCUCGCCAAUGUCAUAUGGUGAGAUAUGUUUAACUGGAAAUGAGUUUUUAGCACCACGAUGGGAAAAGAUUACGGUAUCAAGUGUUACACUUGGAAGGAGCAUUCUAAUGGACCGAGGGCUGGACUUUCCCAGCAUUUUCUAUUGGAUCUCUGUUGGAGCACUGAUUGUCUUCAUUUUAUUGUUGAACAUAGGGUUUGCCAUUGGAUUAACUACCAUCACUGGAUCCUUUCAACCAGGGGUUCUCUCAGUGCUCAUGGGAGUCACUGGAGCUGGCAAGACAACCUUACUCGAUGUUCUUGCUGGAAGAAAAACAGGAGGAGUUAUUGAAGGUGACAUUAGAAUAGGUGGCUAUCCGAAAGUGCAGGAGACCUUUGCUAGGAUAUCAGGCUAUUGUGAGCAGAUUGAUGUUCAUUCUCCCCAGGUCACAGUAUGGGAGUCUGUUGUGUAUUCAGCUUGGUUACGUUUGCCAACAGAAAUUGACCCAGAGAUGAGACAUGAUUUUGUUAAGGAAGUUCUGGAAACGAUAGAACUGGAUGAAGUUCGAGACACUUUGGUCGGACUACCUGGAGCAAAUGGGCUAUCUACCGAGCAACGCAAACGGCUCACAAUUGCAGUUGAGCUUGUCUCCAACCCUAGUAUCAUUUUCCUGGAUGAGCCAACAUCAGGAUUGGAUGCGAGGGCUGCUGCUAUAGUCAUGCGCGCAGUGAAGAAUGUUGCAGAUACCGGAAGAACUGUUGCAUGCACGGUUCACCAACCAAGUAUUGAAAUAUUUGAGGCAUUUGAUCAAUUGAUGCUAAUGAAACAAGGUGGAAAGUUGAUUUAUUCUGGGCCACUUGGACAAAACUCAUGUGAGGUCAUCCAGUAUUUUCAGGCUAUUCUUGGAGUACCUCUUAUCAAGGAUGACUAUAACCCAUCUACAUGGAUGUUAGAAGUUACAUCACGAUCCAUGGAGACAUACCUAGGAGUCGAUUUUGCACAGAUAUACAGUGAAUCAUCAUUAUACAAGGACAAUGAUGUAAUGGUGAAACGGCUGAGUAUACCAUCACCAGAAACAAGUGAUCUCCAUUUUCUGACGCAGUUCCCACAGAAAUUCUUGGAGCAGUUCAAGGCCUGCCUCUGGAAACAAUGUUUGUCACACUGGAGAUCCCCGUCCUACAACUUGGUGCGGAUUUUAAUUGUAGCUCUUUCCUCCCUCAUCUUUGGGGUUCUGUACUGGCAGCAAGGCAACAUAGAUCACAUAAACAACCGGGAAGGAUUGUUCACCAUAUUGGGGUCAAUGUAUUGCACUUUUUUGUACACUGGCAUAAAAAACUCUCAAUCAGUCAUGCCCUUUGUCUCCGUCGAACGCUCAGUCAUGUACAGAGAAAGGUUUGCAGGAAUGUACUCGCCUUGGGCCUACUCCAUUGCGCAGCUGGCCAUGGAGAUACCAUAUGUGGCCAUACAGGUACUACUAUUAUUGUUUAUAGCAUAUCCAAUGAUCGGUUAUGCAUGGACAACAAUCAAGCUUUUGUGGUUCUUCUAUACAAUGUUCUGCACACUGCUGUACUUUGUCUACCUUGGAAUGGUGGUUGUAUCACUGACCCCCAACAAUCAAGUGGCUACUAUAUUGUCUUCAAUGUGCUUCAUUACUCAAAACCUCAUGGCUGGCUUCAUAGUGCCUGGUCCCAAAAUACCGAAGUGGUGGAUAUGGCUUUAUCGCAUCAUCCCAACAUCAUGGACGCUGAACGUCUUCUUCACCACACAAUUCUUGUACGAUGAUGACAAGAACAUCAUGGUGUCUGGAGAGAUCAUACCUAUGAUGUCAUUUGCGAAAAAUUACUUUGGUUAUAGCCGUGAUCUUUUGCCACUAGCAGCGGUUAUGCUUGCCAUAUUCCCUGUCUUCUUCGGCAUUAUAUUUGCCUACAGCAUAUCGAAGCUAAAUUUCCAGAGGAGAUAGAUAUGAAACAGCAGUAUUCACGGAGGCAGGUUCAGCCUACGGCACUGGGUACGCCCUUUUAAAGAAGCAGUUAUUAUGAUUCUAAUGAGAUGGUAUAUCAUAAGGUGUAAUGUUGAAUUCCCUCAUUGAAAACUGCUUAUUUGAUGAUUCAAGUUAGCAUUACAGAAGCACACUGAAGCCCUUACGCAAGCACACUGAGAACCUUACAGUUGCUUCUAAGCUCACUCUCGUUCAGUGUUACUUCACAUUACAUGACAGUAGGGUAGCUAUAAGCCCAUAAUGGUCCUGUUGCUUACCUGAGAAGUGAUUCUCUAAGAAUUCAGCUACCGUGAGAAUCUACUGCCCAUAGGAUCGUCCGGGAGAAGUGGAGAGUUUAUCAACUUGAUUUUCUGCUGAUUGAUUGUCGGCACUGAGUGUGUAAUGAUAUGUAUGCCCGUAAGGUUGAUAAUAAGCAUAGAAUGCAAGUUACAAGAUUCACUAAAUUUGAAUGAAGAUAUAAUUUAUCAUUA